AUGAGUCGAUCAACGCAAUCGGGCGUCUUCAAAACGACUUCUCAGCACCCUGACCCAGACACCGUUUCUCCUCCCCGAACACCUCCAAGUACUUCCAGUUACAAAGUCAAGAGAGGUCGUCAGCCGCGGCCGUCUGUCCGCGAGACCUUCCUCGAUGAUUUCAAUGAUAAUGCAAACGACAGCUACGACUCUGGCGACGAGCGAGAUCCCCAUGAUCUGUCGCUGUCCCCCGGGCAUGCCGCUCGCACAUCCAUCGUCGACAACAUGCUGCUCUCCCUAGAUCAGUUCUCGUCCGGCAAUGCUUUGGAUGAUUACCGUCUCUUCAGUUCGGCAUUCGAGUCCCCUAAAUACUCCCGAGCCUCUCAGGAUUCGAUCGCACAGCGCCGAUACAGGGGCCAUACAUUUUCUUCCUCACUCUCGUCAGAUGUGGAGUACGGAUAUGAUGAGGGCGCUAGUCGGUACGCGUCACAGCUCGCGAGAGGACGCCGGAGUAAUAGCAGCUCAAAUUACAAUACGGGUAUAAGAAGGAUCGAGAGCACGCGGAGUCGUGAUGGUUCUGGCUCUCACGUUGACUACCGGACCAGUGCUACUGCACCUGCAACUCGCGCGGGAAGGAAAAGCAGCAAGGGCAGUGCGUCAUCCAACUUGGAUUUCGGCUCUUCUUUCUCAAGACGCCAGGCAGACCCGACCAGCGAGAGGCGAUCAGCGAGCUUUGACAUGGGCGCAAGAAAACCAUUCAUAAAUUCCCAAGGUUUCUCUCCGGACUUUGAUUCGAUGGGAUACGACGGCAUGGAUGCGGCGCCCACGCCUAGCAUUCCCGCAGGCCCGAGAAAAAACCACGCAGCAUCGCAAGAAUUUAAUAAAACGCCAAAGGCCCAGUCAUCGCGCACACCAGUGGCAUCACGACGGGACAGCCUUAAAUCUUCGCGGAUUAACCAAUCACGAAAUCCUCGCCCUGAGAACCUUGGCACAGCAGCCAUGAGGGCUCGGGAUCAUGAUUUUGCACUUCUCAACGACGCUGACCUGGAGCCUCCGCCGAAUAUAGCAGCUUCGCUAGAUCCGCCAGCGCCGAGUCCAACAAUAUCAUUUAAUAAGCCGACAUUUCCUAUUCCAGAACCGACCCCAAGCAAGGAGCGCCCAGGAUUCUUUCGGCGUGUCUUCGGAUCCUCGAGGGCCCCUGGUAACAUGCCUUUUGACAGCCUAUCGGAUUACCCACUUUCCAAGGAGCCCGAGUCGAAGAAUAUGAGUGGAGCGAGCGCCAGCCCAAGAACACGGACUCAACCGCAGAAGACUGGCACGGCCGGCACCCACGCACCCCGUGAAGGUGCCCAAGUGGUGAACAAGAAGUCAUCAUUUUUCCGCCGACGGAAGAAGUCGGUGACGGAGAAUGUCCCGCCCCCCCUCAUCCUUCCCCAAAAUCUCGGGCCCAAGGCCGGGGGUAUAUUGAAACCAGAACCCAGCCCUGUUAGCAGCCUGCGGAAGGUUAUGAACCCAUAUCUUGCCGAUGCUACUCCUAACCAUAGCACACCUGCGGUUGACUAUUCUACCGAAUCUUCAGACUGGAGCACUGCGGCUAAUGACCCCGACAACAAGAAACCGGAUGAUGUGCUGAGGCGCAAGGAGAAGGGCAACUCUCUGAAUGUUCACAACGGUCCCAAGGCCAAGUAUAGUCUUUACCCUGCGAGCGCCGCCAGUCAUGCACAUGAUACUUCUUUCUUGGGAACUAGCAGCGGCGAUGAAGAGCCUUCUCUUCAAUCAAACAAGCUGGAAGACGCACCCCCGGUUCCACCUCGCUCCUCUCGCCGGCGAACAAGGGAUGGCCCUGAGGCGGAACCCAGUGAGGCAAUAUCCGUGGAGAUGAAACAAGCUGAAACAUCAAGAGACAAGCUUAUGAUAUUGGAAAAUCUGCGUCCUACCUCGUUAUCCCCUGUUGCGGAACGCUCAUCGAUUCAAUCCGCCAACCUUCCCGCCAUUGAGACACCGGAGAAUGAUUCGACUUUGACUCGAGCAAAGGAUUUGAAAGAUAGAGACAUUUAUGACGCGACCAUAUGGAAUGAUGACACGGAUUCGCCCAGCAAAUUGCCUUCUCCAGUCAUCGACAAGGAGUCUUGCCAAUUUUCAGCUUCUGAGACUUCCAACUAUCAAACCGCCAGCAAUACCCCCAUCGUUCCUCAAGUAUCUGAGUGGAAACACGCAGAAGAUAACGCUGAUCCUCCUGCUGAUGUGCCCUCGGAAUUGCCUAGCAGCAAAGAAGAGCAACUAGCGCGGAGGCUGUUUGAUAGCCAGGAUGAGUAUAUUGGGAACGAACCAGCCGCUGCUUGGCUUGGUAGUCCGGAUCGUGCCAAGAUCCGCGAAGCAUAUAUGGCUUUGUUUGACUGGUCUAACAUGAACAUUCUCACAGCCCUGCGAGGAUUAUGUCUCAGGUUACUGCUAAAAGGAGAGACCCAACAAGUAGACCGUGUUCUGGAUGCCUUCUCUAAAAGAUGGUGCCAAUGUAAUCCACAGCAUGGCUUCAAGGCGGCUGAUGUCGUACAUACAAUAUGUUAUUCCCUGCUCUUGUUGAAUACCGAUUUGCACCUUGCAGAUAUCGAGCAGAAGAUGACCAAAUCCCAAUUCGUUCGCAAUACAAUGCCCACAAUCCAACGGGUGGCUGCUGAAGCUGCUCCAGACGACAUUGACAACAAAUGUACCACUUCGAAUUUGAACUCUGGCCUUGCGUCUUCUAGAUCUGCGACAUUUUCUCCUGAGGAGUCGGAAUUAAGCAAUGCAACAACGGACAAGACAGACAAACCCGCUACUACUCCUGCAAAAUUGGUGAAUCGCUUGUCUCGAACAGAUUUAGGUGCGAAAAUGGCAAAUGACGCAGAGGACGAGGUUGGUCCGCUCGUCAACGUCCCGUUCUACGGGACAACGAAAGCCUGGGAGCAACAGGUAGAGGCAGUCCUCCGAGGUUUCUACUCAUCGAUCCAUAAACAAAGGCUUCCACUUCUUGGAGCCCAAACAGACAGAGACAUGCCUCGCACAGCAUCAAGUGCAAUGUUAAACCCUAACUCCGGGCCGCAUGGCCUUCGCAGAAGCCCGAGCACCGUCAGCAAGAGUGGCUCUGACAUCUUCCCGCGCGGUCGUUCUGCCGACUCUCGCUUUGGUACCGCACGUUGGUCUUCCAAGCCUCGUUCACGAGCGCGGCUAUACCCUCCUUCUACUCUUGGCUCAAGCAGAACAAGCUUAGAUGAUCAGUCAUCCCUGUGGAGUCCAUCUGGAUCCAGUACUUGGAGCAAGUACUCUUUAGGAAAGCUGACAUCGGCUUCUGUUGACUCAUUUGCAUCUGGAUAUCCACAUGCAGAUUAUCAACAGUCUAUAGGCUUCGCCAACGCUCUCAGUCAGGCAAUUAUUCGCGAGGAUUCCGCGCAUUCUAUUGCCAGCAAUGAAGAGUUUGAGCGGACUGGUCAGCUUCUCGAGGACGAAACCUUGGAGCUCGCUGGUGCGCCAUGGGCCAAAGAGGGAAACUUAAAACACAAGCAUCAUCUGGAUUCUGUUGAUAAGCGGGCGAAGGACCGCAACUGGAAUGAUUGUUUCGCUGUCAUCCAACAGGGUUGGAUGCGCCUUUUCUCAUUCAAUGCAUCAAAAACUAUAAGGCAAAAGUCCAAGCAACGUUCGCCCGGUGGUGUUGUAGUUGGUGGAGGUAAUUGGACCGAGAACGCCGAAGAAAUCUGGAAAUUCCUCUUGCGUCAAUCCAUUGCCAGUGCGCUUCCGCCUCCAGGCUACUCAAAGUCCCGUCCGCAUGUCUGGGCUUUGAGUCUACCAACUGGUGCAGUACACCUUUUCCAAGCAGGCACACCGGAAAUCGUCCGGGAGUUUGUCUCUAGUGCAAACUACUGGAGCGCCAGAUUAUCCAAAGAGCCUCUUAUUGGUGGUAUUAGCAACAUUGAGUACGGAUGGAGCGACGCGAUUAUCAACAGUGCGUUGAUUAAUCCAGAGUCUAGGUCACCACCGUCUUCAUCUGGGCCAGGACCGAGACCUAGCCUUCAAAGUUCUAUUCGGAGCUCUAUCGACCAACAGGUUGUCCGGCCCAAGUUGCCCGCGGAUAGGGUGCACAUCAGUGACUGGACUCCGCCGCAGCAAAGUAUGAUGGCCGCCAAUCUUAAUGAAGCUGAUCAGUUGAAGUCACUGCAAACGUAUGUCAAGAACGUCGAGGACGAGCUGCAACGGCAUAAUGAACUUCGGCCAGCGAUGGUGCUUGCGUUCUCACCACGGCAUCCGAAUGCAGCAAAAUCCAUGGCCAAUUGGGAGCGGAAGUCAUCGUACUUGCUGCGAGAAAUUGUGAAAUUCCGCACUUACAUUGACUCCCUUCAAAGCGCUAUUGAUGCAAAGAACAAAAUACUCGCUGAACGGGAGCGGGAGGAUGAAGCCAAACCUGCCGAGUCGUGAGCCUCUCAGAUGCUCUCCGUCUCCGAUUUCUGUCCUGUCGGGCUUUCCGGGCCUUGCAGAAAUCUGACUGGCACAAUCUACUGUAUUAUAUUCUUCGAGACUCAGUUUGUCCCUAAAUAUCACAUGACUGAGGUACAUAUUUCUUAUGAUUUGGGCGUUUAUUGAUCGUCGUCUCUCCUUGUGCCGUGUUCGGCUUUGACGAUAUUAUGUGAAUAAGAGGAACGACUGCUUAAUUGUGAUUUUAGAUGAGAUAGUCCCUUGAUAUUUUACCACAUAAGUAAA